AGCACCUUGGGCCCAAGGUGGCUUCUCUUUCCAUAUGACACUCCGAUGUCCUUUGCCCGCUUGACCAAUGUCAGCUUGGACUGACUCGGGGUUCGGACUCGAUCAUGUACUGUACGUUGCGCUGGCCCUGUACUUCCUGGCAAGAUAUCUUGACUUCCGGUACGACUGGAGCCAGCGGUUCGAGUGGUUCCACUAUGUGCACCUGCUAUACUUCUGCAUAGUGCUCUGCGCGGCCGCGGAGCUCAUGUGGUUCGUCGGCGGCAUCAUCGAGGUCAUCACGGCGGAGGGCGGCAAUCAUGAGGAGUUCCGCACCAUCGGCCUCCUGAUGACCUGCAUCCUCUCCAUUACCCCUAUCGCGCUGGUGGCCACGCUGGCGCACGGCCUGAGGCAGAGCAACAGGCACAUCGCGGAGGUCCGCAGAGGUGUCGGCGUGUUGAAGCACGACAGGGUCUUGCAGAUCAUCUGCCUCCCUCCGGUCUACGGCGCGAGCGCCGCGCUCGCCUUCUGUCGCUCUCUUUCCGGGCAGGCACUAGCUUUUCAGACGGCCGGCAGGGAGGCACGCUGGCUUUGUGCGCCCUGGUGGAGCUGUUCCACCAGG